CCCUCCCCCAAGCCUGCUCCCGCGGCCGCCGCCGCCGCCGCCGCUACCGGAGGCGCGGGAGCCUCGCGAUAGUGUUUGCACAGGCGGCGCGUGACGCCGCCGCCGCCUGUAACUGAUGCAGAGGUUACCCUGCCGUCUCAGCCGCCACCCAUCGCCCGCCGCCGCCGCUGCCGCCGCCACCCGGGCGACGCCGGGGCCGACGCACUGCAGAGGUGCCGGCAGGUUCCGCCCGCGGAAGUCUCGGCCGGCGCAGCCGGCGCUCCGCCCGCGCUCCGACCCCGGCCCAGGCGGGCGCCCCCUCGACGCCUCCGCCGCCUCUGCCGCCGCGCUCGUUCUCUCCGCCUCUUCCCCAGCGCGCCCGCCGGCUCCCUCUCUUCUCCCCCUUUUCCUCCUCCCCGUCCCCUCUCCUCCCCUCACCUCUACCCUCCCCACCUUCUUCCUUCUCGGUUUCCUCCCCCCCAUCCCCUUGACUCUCCCCUCCCUGCCCUCGCUCUCUCGCUCGCCCUCUGCGCGGCCCCCGCCAUGACGGAGGCGGGUGCCGGUGUGCUGCCGCUGCUGCCGUCGCAGGGGGGGAGUCGGGUUCCCAGAAAGUAGCUUGAUGAGUGUCCAAAGUAGCAGUGGAAGUUUGGAGGGGCCGCCAUCUUGGUCCCAGCUCUCCACGUCUCCAACCCCGGGCUCGGCGGCGGCGGCCAGGUCCCUGCUGAAUCACACGCCGCCAUCCGGGAGGCCCAGGGAAGGUGCAAUGGAUGAACUUCAUAGUCUGGAUCCAAGAAGGCAAGAAUUAUUGGAAGCUAGAUUUACAGGAGUUGCAAGUGGGAGCACAGGGAGCACGGGCAGUUGCAGUGUUGGAGCUAAAGCCUCAACAAAUAAUGAAAGCUCUAAUCACAGUUUUGGAAGCUUGGGAUCUUUAAGUGACAAAGAAUCAGAGACACCAGAGAAGAAGCAAUCAGAAUCAUCUAGAGGAAGAAAGAGAAAAGCAGAAAACCAGAAUGAAAGUAGUCAGGGAAAAAGUAUUGGGGGACGUGGCCACAAAAUUAGCGACUAUUUUGAAUACCAAGGUGGGAAUGGCUCAAGUCCAGUAAGAGGCAUACCUCCUGCAAUCCGUUCUCCUCAGAGUUCACAUUCACAUUCCACUCCUUCCUCAUCUGUUCGACCGAAUAGCCCUUCUCCUACUGCGUUAGCUUUUGGGGACCACCCUAUUGUACAACCAAAGCAGUUAUCCUUUAAAAUAACUCAGACUGAUCUUACAAUGCUGAAAUUAGCAGCAUUAGAAAGUAAUAAAAACCAGGACCUGGAAAAGAAGGAAGGUCGUAUAGAUGACUUGCUCAGGGCUAACUGUGAUCUCAGACGGCAGAUAGAUGAACAACAAAAAUUACUUGAAAAAUACAAAGAACGAUUAAAUAAAUGUAUAUCAAUGAGCAAGAAACUGCUUAUUGAAAAGAGUACACAAGAAAAAUUGUCAAGCCGAGAGAAGAGUAUGCAAGACCGAUUACGCCUUGGGCAUUUUACAACAGUUAGACAUGGUGCUUCAUUUACUGAACAAUGGACAGAUGGUUUUGCAUUUCAGAAUCUCGUAAAGCAACAAGAAUGGGUGAAUCAGCAAAGGGAAGAUAUUGAAAGGCAAAGGAAACUUCUAGCCAAACGCAAACCUCCCACAGCUAAUAAUUCUCAGGCACCCUCUACCAAUUCUGAACCAAAACAAAGGAAAAAUAAAGCAGUCAAUGGAGCAGAAAAUGAUCCUUUUGUUAGACCAAAUUUACCACAAUUGUUGACUCUGGCAGAAUAUCAUGAACAGGAGGAAAUUUUCAAACUUAGACUAGGACAUCUCAAAAAGGAAGAGGCAGAAAUCCAGGCAGAACUUGAACGUUUGGAAAGAGUUAGAAAUCUUCACAUCCGAGAGCUCAAAAGAAUAAAUAAUGAAGAUAAUUCACAGUUCAAGGAUCAUCCAACAUUAAAUGAAAGAUAUUUAUUACUUCAUCUGCUUGGUAGAGGUGGCUUUAGUGAAGUGUAUAAGGCUUUUGACCUUUAUGAACAACGAUAUGCUGCUGUGAAGAUCCAUCAGCUUAAUAAAAGCUGGAGGGAUGAGAAGAAGGAAAACUACCACAAACAUGCCUGUAGAGAAUAUAGAAUACACAAGGAACUGGAUCACCCCAGAAUAGUUAAACUCUAUGAUUAUUUCUCCUUGGAUACAGAUACGUUUUGUACAGUGUUGGAAUACUGUGAAGGCAAUGACUUGGAUUUCUAUCUGAAGCAACAUAAGUUAAUGUCAGAGAAAGAAGCUAGGUCUAUUGUAAUGCAAAUUGUAAAUGCACUAAGAUAUCUUAAUGAAAUCAAACCCCCUAUUAUACAUUAUGAUCUUAAACCAGGAAACAUCCUUCUGGUAGAUGGAACAGCAUGUGGGGAAAUCAAAAUCACUGAUUUUGGUCUGUCCAAGAUUAUGGAUGAUGAUAGCUAUGGUGUAGAUGGAAUGGAUCUAACCUCCCAAGGGGCAGGCACUUACUGGUAUUUACCUCCUGAGUGUUUUGUAGUUGGAAAAGAACCACCAAAGAUUUCCAACAAGGUUGAUGUGUGGUCAGUAGGAGUCAUCUUCUUUCAGUGUCUUUAUGGUAGAAAGCCAUUUGGUCACAAUCAAUCUCAACAAGACAUUCUCCAAGAAAAUACAAUAUUAAAAGCCACGGAUGUCCAGUUCCCUGUGAAACCGGUUGUAAGCAGUGAAGCAAAGGCCUUUAUAAGACGCUGUUUGGCAUACCGAAAAGAAGAUAGAUUUGACGUGCACCAACUGGCAAAUGACCCCUACCUUCUCCCUCACAUGAGAAGAUCCAAUUCUUCAGGAAACUUACACAUGGCUGGGCUGACGGCAUCCCCUACACCCCCUUCUUCAAGCAUAAUUACUUACUGACUCUUCUCCAAAAAUCGGCAUGAUGUCUUUGAAUUGCUUCCAGAUGCACACUUGACUUUGAGAGCAUUUGAGUGUUUUUGUUUUCUUUUUUACAGAGGAUAUGGUUGAGAACUGUUUGUGAACUGAAGUUCUUCAUAGCAUCGUUUGUAGAGUGGAUCAUGGACAGUGAAUAAAUGUAAACUUCUGACUGUAGCCUUGAGCAGUGACAGGUGACUGCCUGUUGCACAGAAACAGGAAUACCAUGUUAAGAUAGGGAAAAAAUGGUUGUUUGUUUGGGGAACACUGUAAAUAACGUUUAUAAUGCUUAAAUUCAUUUGGUUGUUACUAGAGAGUUCUAAUAUGAAGGGUAGUUUUUCAUUAUUUAAAAACACAUAGAAAAAAUGUGAGACAUAUUUCUAACACAAGAACUAUAUACAGUGCCUGGAUACAUUCUUCAGCAUUCAGCAGUUCAUCUGCUGAAACCAAAGUAAGAACUGAAUGACAGUGACAGUUGUGUUUUAUAGUAAUAGAAUGUGAGAGUUAGAAUCUUUGGACAAAGUUAGACUUUGUCAUUUGCCUCUUCUGGCUUUUACCAAGUUGUACCUCGAAAUCACAUGUCCGUUUUUUUUCACUGGUUAUGUUAAAGGGAGAGCUGUUAUUCCUGGAUAUUUUACCCCUUUGACAAAGUGAGCUGCUUGUUUUGAGAUCAGUUUAAUUCGCUAAAUUAUAAUAUCUCUCUGGUGUUUUCAACACGUUAGAAUUGUUAACAGAUAUUUUUGUUACCAGGCCUUGUUCGUUAAAACAAGUGACAGUAUGUAACCAAAUGCAGACCAGUUCUAUGCAGGAUAAUGAUAAAUUCCCUUCUAGCUCUAUUGUAUAUUGUUGUACAGAUGUCGUAUUUCAAUUACCAAGUUUCAGCAGCUUAUUCUUGUACAAAUGUUUAAAAAUAUGGCUUUUCUAAUUGGAUAUUGUAUUUUUUUUAAGUCUUCUUGAAGGCGCUUUAUUGCUGCUAAAUGAUGUUGCUUCUUUGCUAAAAAUUGAAUGACCUCCUUAAAAGGUGCAAGUUGACUGUACAUCAUAGAUAUUAAAAGCAGGCAUUCAUUAACAAUCAAGGCAUGUAAAAAUGAUCUAUGUUGGACAUAAAGAGUUCUCCAAAUCAGUUUCUUGGUUUCUAGGGCUGUGGAGCACAUACAUACUAGAUUUAUAUACAUUGUUCAUGGUAAUUCUACAUUUCUAGAAGGUUCUUAACAGCAAGUUGGGAUGGUGGUCCCAUAAACAAAUUUCUUGUGGUUUGUAUUGAUUUGUUAAAAUGUGAACAUUUCUAACUGCCUUGUAUGGUAGAACCAUUACUUUUCAGGAUGCUGUAUUUCACUCCUUUAAGAAAUAUUUCUUUACCAUCACAUUCAUAAUGCUGAUACUUACAUGUUAAGUUGUCCAUAUUGCUCAAAAAGGAGGCUAUACUUACCACAGACUCUCCUUAAUAUUGUACAGUUAAACUGUGGCUCUUAUUUCUGAUGUUGCAAGCCAUUUUGUUCUUUCAUUGUACAUAAACACAUUGUCUCUUUAAGAUGCUGCUGAAAUUGUAGAGAAUGUAGCCAAAACAGUAAUAAACAAUGACAGUUAAAAUUUAAAGACUAUGAAAUUACAUUUGAAGGGAGCUCUCAAGAUUUAGGGCAUUGACUGAUUUGGCUCCUUAAGAAUCAGUUGAAUAAAUUCUUUUAACUAUACUUCAAGAUAAGUAUGAAGUGUUUCAAGCUGUUAAAGUAUAUACCUAAUAACCAUUAUCAAGGCUAAUCCUGGGUAAGUAACACUUAGCCCUAUCAGGAAUGGUUUAGGGCAAUACCUGUUCCUCUGUGGAUUAUGAUAAAAAUCCUAUUAAAAAAAUACUGACAUGGUAAUGGAAUGUUAGCAUCAAUUGAGUGCUUUAGGUUUUAGCCACAAAUUUUUCAGUCUUGUUGUUUGAGUUUUAUCUUUCUGAAUCAUAAAGUACUGUGUUCAUUUAAUAACUUAUUUGAAGUCCUGAAUUAAAAGAAAAUAUCCAGUUUUGUUUAA